AUGGUUAAGCCGUUGGUAGCAAUUCUUGAUGAAAAACAUAUUUCAAAUGGAUGUAGUAAUUGUUUUAUUUGUGAAGAAGAUAAGGAUGAUUCAGAGAUUUAUUUAAUGCCAUGUAAGGCUUGUAAAAUUCUUCAAUAUUGUUGUCAGAAAUGCAUGGAAGAAGAUUGGAAUAUGUUUCAUAAAUAUGAGUGUUCUUUUUUUUCAUCAAAAUGGCCUAAAAUAAUCCCAGGAUUUAUGAGAAUAUGUAUGAGAUUGAUUUUCUAUGGACGUAACCAUCCAUCUAGUUUAGAAUGGAACACUAUCAAAGAACUUGAGAGUCACUUAUCAGAAAUUAUGUCUUCAGAAAAAAAGGAGGAAAUUUUGAUACUAUCAAAAGGUAUUCAGAACUUUACAAAUGAACCAAAUGAGAUGUUAGUAUUAAAUCUACUUUGUAAAAUCAUGAUUAAUUCAUUUUCACUAUUAACGUCGUCAUAUGAUACUAUUGGUACAGCAUUAGACCCAACUAUUUCACGAAUUGACCAUUCAUGCUAUCCUAAUGCUACACUUGUCUUUGAAAGAAACAAGAUAGCGCUUAGAUCACUUCAAAAAAUAUCUAUGAAUCAAGAAAUUACUAUAUCAUACAUUGAUGCAAAUAAUACACAAAAAAAUCGUCAAAAUGAACUAUUUUCACGUUAUUAUUUUUUAUGCAAAUGUAUUCGUUGCAAAUUCCCAGAAAAAGAUGAAAGUUAUCUUGUUUUAAAGAAUAACAUGAGUAUAGAAACAUUUUCUCAUCUUGAAAUGCUUAUUAAUAAAGCAUUAUCUGAAAAAAAUAUAAAUAUUCUCCGAGUUCUUUCUAUACUUCACCGUUUAAAAGGAUGGAAUUCUGCAUUAUAUCCACUUAAUGAGCUUCAUAAAUUGGCAUUGAUGUAUUUCCUUGAUGAAAAUAAGAUUUAUAAUGCUUUUUGCCAUGGACUAUUUAUUCAUCUUAUUGGAAAUAGAGUCUUUAAUAAAUAUAUGGUCGAUUUUAAUCCCGUAUAUGUCAUACAAAAGUUUCUUCUUAUUAAAUUAAUAAUUUUUCAGGCAUCAGAGAAUUGUGAAACACAAUUUAAACAGAUAAAUGCAAAAGAUAUGAUGAUAUAUGCGUACAAGUUACUUUAUGAUGUUAUUAAAUUAUCUUAUAAGUCCCAUGGAUCAUCUUCUAGAUUUUCAAAAAGGUUGCAAAAAACAUUUGAAAAGACAGGUGAAGAUAUUAGUGUUUAUUACUGGGGGAAAUACUGGCAAUCAAUAUUAAAAGAUGACCCUGAGAAUCUUGAAAUAAAAAAAGAAUGCUUAAGAAUUGAAGAUAAUUUUCUUUCAGAAGUAAAAAAAUAUAUUGAGAUUUGUAUAAUAAAUUAUAAAUUUUAA